AUGGCCACUCUUAGGUCUUUGGGAAAGGAUGGUCCCAAGAUUCCGCCCUUGGGGCUGGGUCUCAUGGGAUUAAGCUCAUUUUACGGAACGCCACCGCCCGAUGAGGAGCGAUUCCAGCUCCUCGACAGAGCUUACGAGCUAGGUUGCACCCACUGGGAUUCUGCCGCCUUGUACGGCGACAGCGAGGAACUCCUCGGAAAGUGGUUCCAGAGGACGGGAAAGCGUAGCGAGAUAUUUCUGGCGACCAAAUUCGGCAACCAUGUUACUCCCGACGGUGGCCGUGAGAUCCGGAACGAUCCUGAAUACAUCCGGCAGGCCGUGGCCCAGAGCUUGGAGCGUCUUCAAACAGACUACAUUGAUCUAUUGUACUGCCAUCGAUUCAGUGGCAAGACUCCUGCGGAGGAUAUCGUCGCCACGAUGAAAGAAUUUGUUGAAUCCGGCAAAGUCCGAUAUCUUGGACUCAGUGAAUGCGGCACAGAUACUCUCCGCCGUGCAUCGAAAGUCCAUCCCAUUGCUGCCUAUCAAAUUGAGUACAGUCCGUUCUCCCUUGACAUUGAAAAACCAGAGCUGGGGCUUCUGGCGACGUGUCGCGAACUGGGCAUCGCCACCGUCGCGUACUCCCCACUCGGUCGGGGGAUGCUCACUGGUCAGAUCAAAUCACCCGACGACUUCGACGAGGGAGAUUUUCGGCGCAGCAUACCUCGAUUCUCGGCCGAGAACUUCCCAAAGAACUUGAAACUGGUGGAGCUUUUCCAGAGCAUCGCCGAGAAAAAGGGAUGCACCGCAGGACAGUUGACACUGGCUUGGAUGAUGAAAGAGGAGGACAUCUUUCCCAUACCAGGAACUAAGAAAUUGAAGUACCUAGAAGAGAACUUAGGUGCCAAUGAGGUAGAUCUAAGCGAUGAGGAGUAUGCCGAGGUCCGUCAAGCGGUGGACAACGCAGAGGUGCAUGGAACAAGGGUUGCAGAGAACUUGAUGGGAGCUCUGAUCAAAGAUACACCUCCUCAGUGA